CGAAGCACAGCGGGUAGGAGGGGAGAGCACGUGGUAGGAAGACGGGAAACCAGCCUUCUACGGCAAGUCGAAGGUAGCAAGAUGGCCGCAGCUGAGAAAGAGAGCGCAUCCGGCACGGACCCGGAGAUGGACGAGCUUCUGGAAAGUGCCCUUGAUGAUUUCGAUAAAGCCAAACCCUCCCCAGCAUCCCCUCCUACCACCAAGGCCCCAGAUGCUUCAGCUUCCCAGAAGAGAUCGCCUGCAGACACAGCUAAAGAUGCCCUCUUUGCCUCCCAAGAGUUCUUCCAAGAACUGUUUGACAGUGAGCUAGCAUGCCAAGCCACUGCAGAAUUUGAGAAGGCUAUGAAGGAGCUGGCUGAGGAGGAACCCCACCUGGUAGAGCAGUUCCAGAAGCUCUCUGAGGCAGCAGGGAGAGUGGGCAGUGAUACAGCAUCCCAACAAGUGUUUGCUUCCUGCCUGAAGGAAACACUCAGUGGACUAGCAAAAAAUGCCACUGACCUUCAGAACUCCAGCAUGUCUGAAGAGGAGCUGACCAAGGCCAUGGAAGGGCUGGGCACAGAAGAAGGGGAAGGGGAAGGAGAAGGCAAUAUACUCCCCAUUAUGCAGAGCAUUAUGCAGAACCUAUUAUCCAAGGAUGUACUAUAUCCGUCACUGAAAGAAAUCACAGAGAAAUAUCCAGAGUGGUUACAGAGCCACCGUGAAGCACUGCCUCCAGAACAAUUUGAGAAGUAUCAGGAACAGCACAACGUCAUGGGCAAGAUUUGUGAGCAGUUUGAAAAAGAGACGGCGGCCGAUAGUGAGGACAUACAGAAAGCCCGAUUUGAGAUGGUGCUAGAUCUCAUGCAGCAGCUUCAAGAUUUGGGCCAUCCCCCAAAGGAACUUGCGGGGGAAACGCCCCCUGGCUUCAACUUUGACCUUGACACCUUGAAUUUGUCUGGCCCUCCAAGUGCCAGUGGUGAGCAGUGUCUGAUCAUGUGAAUUUCUUCAUCCUUCCCUUCCCAUCCUCGGCCACGAGCGAACACCUGAAGUCAGCAGAGCCAUUGGGGUCUGGGAAGGGUGAUAAGGCUGUGGAGGAACUGCCUGCCUGUCCCAUUUGUCUCCUGUCCCCUUCUAGUUCCCUUCCCUAGCUGUUAUCCUAAGACUACUCCACACCAGCAUGGGUCCCUCUGUAGCCAUUGAGGCUGUUAUUUCUGGGAAAGGGACCUAUUCAAGUUCCUCUCAUUGAGUCAUUCUCCCCAUUCUUCCCCCCCCCCCCCUUCUCUGCUGCUAGUGAAGGUACUUAUCUUUACCUGCUUAAGGUAUAGGAGGGGGUACCCUUUAUGGACCAUGUUUCCUUGCCCCUGCCCCCUUUCCUACACCUAGCCAUAACAUUGUGUGUACCUGUUGUGUAUACCUGCACUGAUGCUUCCCUCUCAGACUCCCAGGGUCUAUGUGCCUUGUUCCCUAUUCCCUCUGGAGUCUGGGUGCUGUGCCAGCUCUGGGCAUGGGGCUUGGGGAGAUUCUUGGCUCCGAGCACCCAUCCUUUGGGUAUCUGAUCCUUCAGGGCAGACAUGUUGGUCAGAGUAGGGACUGGAGAAAGGGUUCUUGGCAUAUCCUGAUAAGAAUAGGGUCUUUCUGGUGUUGGCCAGCCGUGUGCUUCUCCUAGGUGCACAUGUGUAUUCCUCAAAGAAGCUGUGAACUCGAGUUCUGUUCUCCUAAGUUAAUAGAUGCCUUUGUUCCUGGUCAAAUCGGAGAAGCCAAAUGUUAUCCUGAAUGUGAGCAGUGCUACUGUUUCUCAUGCAUCCCCACCUCCCCCUGCUUUCCUGCUGUUUUCAGCCCUCCCCCGCCCCCACCCCUUUUCUCAUUCAGCUCUAUAGCUGUUCCCCUGGCAAAUAGAGUUGGAGGGGGGACAGUGUUUUUCUCCUUAGCUGUUGUUUUGGCAGUUUUGAAACUUCUGAUCCCCUCAACAUCAUAAACCUUGACUGGUGGCAGUGGCUUGGGAGAGGGCUGACAGCUUGUCCUCCCCCAACCCCUUCUUGGUCCCCUAUGUCUCAGCUGAUGUCUAAUAAACAUCCUGAGCUAGGUUGUUGGGAGUGUGGCCUGUUUCUUGUGUGGCAUAAGCUCCUACUCUCUAAAGGUAGAGUUGGGGGUAAGUCCUUAUAAAAGCUUGGCUCUGAAGCUACCUGCUCAGAGGUGUUUGGCAAUGCCCCUCCCCCAAUCCAGCUCAGGCUAAGAUAUCUGCCUGUUUCUUUAAAAUUUCAGCAAAAAGUUCUGAGGUUUCCAAGUUGUUUCACUGACAGCAUUCUGCUUAAUAUAUCAAACUUAUUGAAUGUUAAAUCACUUGUCUUAGCUGCCCUUUCUUGUCUCCAGCCAUUGAUACUGUGAGGCCUCUUGUUUACCUUGUAAGCACUACAUUCAAACCAACCCUCCUGGAUUAAGUGUUAUAAAGACAGCUGAUAUCAAGAUGAAUUCAGUCUUGGUUUAAAGUCAAGUACAGAUCACUAAAAUGUGGGAAUUUUUAGGUACCUCUGAGCUUGCUAUAAGUAAACAUUGUGACAUGGUAGCUAAAAAAAACCCCAAACCUUUUUCUGUUGUAGUGCUAGAAAAGUUCAGAAUAAAAGGAAAGUAGUAAGUGCUAAUUAUGUUGACUUAAGUGCCUAUUAUGUAUUAGGCAAAUAUAAAAGAGACAAUCCCUGCCUUGAAUAAGUUUUUUUUUGGGGGGGGGGGCGCGGGAAUGGGAAUGCACCACACAACUAAAGUGUUGUAUUUAGUUAUAAGCAUCCCUCUUAAGAUGUUAAGUUGGUUUAGGUUUGAGGGAAGAUGAACCCCCCAGGAUGUAGAAACCCUUAAAACCACAUUCAGGGGCAGCUAGGUGGUACAGUGGAUAGAGCACCAGCCUUGGAUUCAGGAGUACCUGAGUUCAAAUUCGGCCUCAGACACUUUACUCACUUACUAGCUGUGUGACCCUGGGCAAGUCACUUAACCCCAAUUGUCUCACCAAAAAAAAAAAAAAAAAAAGGAAAAAAAACCACAUUCAAAGAUUACACUUGCAUCUUUCCAUCUCCUGUCUGCUUUCCUGGUACUAGCUACUAUUACCAAGAAACCCAGGUAGGCAUCUCUGCCCGUUUUUUGUUCCUGGACCCUCUUCCCCACGAUUGUUGGUCUGUUUGGGAGAAGUGGAUGUACAUAGUUCACUGUACAAGAAAGCUGUGGCAAACCUGCCUAGUUGUUUCCUCUAUAGCGUCUUUCCUAAUAAAACAAUGCCUGCAGUACAUCUCUUCUCUGGGAGGCAGUGUGUGUGGUGCACUAGAAAAACCACUGGGGUUAAGAUUCAUGAGACCUGGGUUUGAAUCCUACCUCUUCUACUAACUGACAUUGGGCAAGUCACUUAAUUUUUGGACCUCAGUUUCUUGAUCUCUAAAGGGGGUUGUGCAUUGGUUCCUUCUAACUCUAACCAUCAAUGACUGCCUGAACAUAUAGGCAUUCAAUAAAGGCUUGUUAAAUUGACUCUA